AUGAAGCCUACUUCUUGCUGCCUUCUCGUACCCAUCUUCCUUCUCCAGCUGAGUGCAGGGAGCACCCAGUGUUCCUUAGACUCCAUUGUGGAUACAAAGAUAAAUGAAGCUCUCCAAGGUCUGGAGUUCAAUCCUUCUCCCCCAGCAAAGAUCUUUUGUACCAGUAUCACCAGCUCUGGCAAACUGGCCUCCUGCCCUGCAGGGACCACUGUCACCAGCUGUGCUUGUGGCUAUGCCUGUGGCUCUUGGGAUAUCCGGGGGGAAACCAUGUGCCACUGCCAGUGCAGCAAGGUAGACUGGACCACUGCCCACUGCUGCCACCUGACCUGA